UGAUCUUAUGGCCCAUUAUCCACCACUAGCCCAUUAGGUCGUUCUAAUUAAACACACAAUCUUUAUUCAACCUCGUUUCCCCUCUCUUUCCGAUUCUUACCAUUACUUUGUUUCUUAACUUUCUUCUCUAAAACAGUUCGAAUUUUUAAAUUAGAGCGUCGCAAUUGCACGAACUGUUCCGCGACAUGAAACCUAAGAUUUCCAAUUCUCGUGGUUGCAGGCUACUCUUGCUGAUACUUUUCUUGCCGACCUCGAUGAACUAUCUGAUAACGAAGUUGAAAUUCCCGCGGAUAAUAAUGUCGAUGCAUCAGAUAUGGAUGAAGAUGUUGAUGGUGAUUUGGUUGACUUAGAAAAUCUCAACUAUGAUGAUUUGGAUAGUGUUUCUAAGUUGCAGAAAACUCAGAGAUACAUUGAUAUUGUACAGAAAGUGGAAGAAGCCCUUAAAAAGGGUUCAGAUGUCACAAUUCAGGGAGUAGAUUUAGAAGAUGAUCCUGAAUACCAAUUAAUUGUGGAAUGUAAUGCGUUGUCAGUUGAUAUUGAGAAUGAAAUUGUCAUUAUUCACAAUUUUAUUCGCGACAAGUAUCAUUUGAAAUUUCCAGAGCUUGAGUCACUAGUACAUCACCCAAUUGAUUAUGCACGUGUUGUUAAAAAGAUAGGAAAUGAAAUGGAUUUGACUCUUGUUGAUUUAGAAGGGCUUUUACCCUCUGCCAUUAUCAUGGUUGUCUCAGUUACCGCAUCAACGACGACAGGCAAGCCACUUCCAGAAGAAGUCCUUACCAAGACAAUUGAGGCAUGUGAUCGAGCUCUUGCUCUUGAUUCAGCAAAGAAGAAAGUUCUUGAUUUUGUUGAGAGUAGAAUGGGUUACAUUGCACCUAAUGUUUCUGCUAUAGUUGGGAGUGCUGUUGCAGCUAAACUCAUGGGAACAGCUGGUGGCCUAUCAGCUCUUGCGAAGAUGCCUGCUUGUAACGUUCAGCUUCUUGGAGCCAAGAAAAAAAAUCUUGCCGGGUUCUCAACUGCGACAUCACAAUUUCAUGUAGGUUACCUCGAGCAAGCAGAAAUAUUUCAGACUACUCCUCCUCCUUUAAGGAUGCGAGCAUGCCGACUCCUGGCUGCAAAGUCUACACUUGCGGCACGAGUAGACUCGAUACGUGGGGACCCAUCUGGGAAAACUGGAAGAAAUCUCAAGGACGAGAUCCACAAAAAAAUUGAGAGGUGGCAAGAGCCCCCUCCUGCUAAGCAACCCAAACCACUUCCAGUGCCUGAUUCUGAGCCUAAGAAGAAGAGAGGUGGUCGUAGGCUUAGGAAGAUGAAGGAGAGGUAUGCAAUAACAGACAUGAGGAAGUUAGCCAAUAGGAUGCAAUUUGGAAUUCCUGAAGAGAGCUCUUUAGGGGAUGGUCUGGGCGAGGGAUAUGGAAUGCUUGGUCAGGCUGGCAGUGGCAAGCUUCGUGUGUCAGUAGGUCAAAGCAAACUAGCUGCAAAAGUUGCCAAAAGAUUUAAGGAAAGGAGUUAUGGUAGCAGUGGUGCUACAUCUGGUUUAACCUCAAGCCUUGCAUUUACACCAGUGCAGGGGAUUGAGCUGACAAAUCCACAGGCUCAUGCACACCAACUUGGUACCGGAACUCAAAGCACCUAUUUCUCUGAAACAGGUACAUUUUCAAAAAUCAAGAGGACUUGAAGCCAUGUCUAUAUGGCUCCAUUCGCCGAGAAGAAUUGAUUCCUAUGUUUUGUACUUGUAAGAAAAAUGAAAUGUCAAUGAGUUUGUGGAAAUUGCUAGAGGCUUUGUUAUGGGAUAAUUUGAACCGAAGUAUGUGUUGUAGAUACGCUAGAACAAGAUAAAGUUUAUAUAAAUUUAUGCUACACAAUGCAAAGUUCAUAUUAUUA